CAUUACUUCUAUAAUAUCCAAAAUAAAUUUCAUACAUAAACAAAUAAAACACACUCUCUCUUCGAAAAAAUAAUAAUAACUGAAAGAUGGUGGUGAAGGUGUAUGGACCCGUUUACGCUUCGCCGAAAAGAGUCCUGGUUUGUCUUCUUGAAAAAGAAGUCGAGUUCGAGACAAUUCCCGUCGAUCUACUUACCGGCGAAAAUCGGAGGCCGGAGUUCUUGAAGUUACAGCCGUUUGGAUCUCUUCCAGUAAUUCAAGAUGGAGACUACACUCUCUUCGAAUCACGAGCCAUUAUCCGCUACUAUGCGGAAAAGUACAAGUCGCAAGGAACAGACUUGUUGGGAAAGACGAUGGAAGAUCAAGGUCUGGUGCAACAAUGGCUAGAAGUCGAAGCACACAACUUUGAACCACCGGUUCUCAAUCUUGUGCGACAGAUUAUGUUCAGCUCGUUCUAUGGGUUAACAGGAGACAAGAAAGUGAUCAAAGAAAGUGAGGAAAAGCUUGGGAAAGUGUUGGAUGUAUAUGAAGAUCGGCUUUCAAAAAGCAAGUAUUUGGCUGGAGAUUUCUUUAGUCUUGCAGACCUUAGUCAUCUUCCAUUUACGAACUACUUGGUUGGCCCUGUUGGGAAAGAGCAUUUGAUAAAGGAAAGGAAGCAUGUGAGUGCUUGGUGGGAUGAUAUUAGCAGCAGGCCUUCUUGGAAGAAGGUUCUUGACACCUACGGAUUGCCUUUUUGAGAUUAUAUAUAAUAUAAAGGUUCUAUAUUCCUAUAUGUUAGAAUAAGACUUUGGUUUGAGUCAUGAAAGUG